GAUCUAUGCUUUUACGGUUUCCAGCACGACAUGCUCGCUUUAGCAUGGUAGCAUAGGUGCAAACCCACCCUACCACAUCCUUCUGAUGGGUAGGGAGGCGUGGUCUUGGGGGUAGCGCAGGUCGCUGUGAUCCCCAAGGCAAGUUUGGUGGACUAACCUUCCCGAGGUUGCCAACCCUGUUUUUGGUCUAAUACCCUAUGUAUUAGACGUAACUAAAACCACCAAGCGAACUUUUGCAGGGAUGUAGAGGUCAUGUCCUUGCGAGUUCAUCGUCCAAAAUAAAAGGACGGUGGACAGUAAAUGACCUCCCGCGUGUUUGUGCCGUGCGCGGGGACCCGUACGGGGGGAUGAAGGAGUCCUGGAGGUUGAGUGGAGUAGUGCGCCGGUACAGUUGUGCGCUGCACACAACACACCUCUUUGGUCUGGAUUUCCCCUCACACGGGAGGCCGUGGAUUAGCUGACCACGGUCAACCGGCUGUGGUAUCCCGUAAGAGGGCUACCAAGCGAGAGUCGGGGUGUGGGUGGGGGGGGCGUCGGCGUGGCACGGGACUCGGGGUGAGUUUGCGUCAUCGUCUCGGGAUGCGAACAGCUCCGUACUCUCUUGCGGCGUGCGGGCGCGCCUGCCCCUCUACACGCUGACUCUAUACCGAAGGAGUAGCUCUGACGUCGCUUGCUGAGCAAGGGACGUCCCCGACUUGAGGGCUCCGUGGCGGGUGGAGAGCUCCGACGGUGAAUCUUUUUCAUACCACCACAUGGAUAGAGAGACAAAACACACAAACCAACAAAAGGCUGCAUCCACAGAUGCGCCUAAAACUAACAUAAACAGGGUUGCGUCGCAGGACGUGUUGAGGUGCAAGUCACCAGUGACACGAUACUCUGAUGCCCCUAUCUCGCAAACGGAUGCACCCAAUAGGGCAGCGUCCGAGGCACCAAAGGAGAGGGCAGCGGCUGAGGAAGCGCCAAACCGGGAUGCACCCUUAACCGUGCCCACUCCAAUGGUAUCUCAUACACCACCACACAAGGAUGCGUCCACUGUUGCGGCCAGGCUGACUGCGUCGGUCGAGCAGAAGAUAGCAACUCCGAAGGAUGAUACAGCAAUGUCUGCGUCCAUAGGGGGGGCAUCCGAAGCAAGAUCGAUGCGGAAGACCGAGGCUGCGACGAUGAGCACGUCCAGUGCACAAACCUCGACCAUGGACAUGUCGGCCCUGAAAUCAGCGAUUCAGGAAUCGACUCCCAGGAUGGUCCUAAGCUCCUCAAAAAGGCGACGGCUCAGGAAGGCCAAAAGAGCGACGGAACAGCAACAGCUGAUUACCGGCUCUCAGAGGAUACCUGAGAACCCUGGAACUGCCCCCGCGGUUACCACAACUGCAGGACGCGGGAAAAGGGCACCGAAGCCGACUGGGUCCUCUGCCGCGCUCAAGCCUAUUGGCUCUAGGUGCGGUAAAGGACCUAGAGGGGGGUACCAAACCAAAAACCCAAACCAAACCAAACAACAAACAAAGGGCCAGAAACGCGAUCGGCCAGAGGAAACCGUGACACCGACUGGGGAGAGUAAAAGGGUUAAACCUAACAAACUCCGGCUGGAGUCAGGGACCUCGGCCAGUUACGCGGAAGCGGCAGCAUCCUACAAAGCCAACGAGCUUUGUGUUGCCGUGAUGACUGAGCCCUUUAUAGACAUGACACAAGAACAGGCAGAUAACAUCCGCCUACAAAUCGAGGGUAAAAUCCAAGAUGAGCUCAUGGCGGAUCUUGAAGCUACCCUAGCAACUGAACCCAACGACAUCAGAUUCCGGGGAAGAGCCCACUUCUCAGAUGGUGUCCUCAAAACUUGGUGCGAGGAUACCUACACGCUGGGAUGGCUUACCGGAGCAUGCGAUGUCAUCAAUAAUCCGAUACCGGACACCAAACUGGUGGUACGGCCUCAGUCAGACAUUCCGAAGAAGGUGCCGUGCUUACUGCAUGUUCCAGGGUUCACUGGUAGCACGGAAACUUUACGGAAACUGAUCACCAGGCAAAACCGCCACCUAAACAUCAGAUCUUGGACCCUGACUCACGAACGUAGAACACAGGACCCGACAGGCGUAUCCUUGUUCCUUCGUGUUCCGGAAUAUGAGAUCUCAAAGAUCAAGGCUCACGAACGUCGCAUCUACUAUCUGAUGGGGAACAUCUAUAUCCGAAUUCUGGAAAAGGAUGAACCCUCAGUGGUAGCUGCCGCCACAGUAACUACUGCCAGUACAUCGGGGACGGGAUCCUCGGGGCCAAAGCCGCCCUCGUCAACGACGGAGAUAGCCGCGGUUGCCGAGGUAAACGUCCCCAUGGAGACAGCUCAACAACCACCCUCACCGGUGCAACUAACCUCGGAUGACGAGUUCUUUCAGGAGACAGGGGGGAGUGAAUUCAGCGACAGCUGUUUGCGCUCCUCCCCCUAACCGGACUGACCUUAUCCAGACCAACCUCCAGCACAGCCAAACAGCGUCGGCUUCACUACGCAGACUGCUGGAGACCAACCCGAAGACCAUUGCCGCGAUCCAGGAGCCGUGGAUCAGGAAUGGCAAGGUAUGCGGCCUGGGUAACACCGGUGGUAAACUUUUGCUGGAUACCUCAGGACCUUACAACCAUUAGGUUACCUAGGGACGCACAUCCAGACAUCGUCCUGGCGUCCGCCUACCUACCGGGUGACGAGGACGUGCCCACUCCAGAACUCGGCCUUCUGGCUGACUACUGUGAGAGGGAGAAACUGGAGCUUAUAAUCGCAGCAGACUCCAACGCGCACCACACGCUAUGGGGUAAUGCAAAUACCAACGCUCGAGGUGAGAAUAUGCUUAACUUCAUUCUUAGCAAUAAUCUUAUCUUAGCAAACAGCGGCUCUGAACCAACCUUUAUCAACGCACGCUCGCAAACCAUAAUCGAUCUAACAAUGGUGACCUCUGGUCUGUCAGAUCACAUACAGGAUUGGCAUGUCUCCAGAGAGCUAUCAUGCUCAGAUCACAGGUGGAUCCGCUUUACAAUCAAAGGGGAGCUACCUAAACCACAACCACGACGCAUACCUCGGAGAACUGAUUCAGUAAAAUUUUACAAUAUAAUCGACUCAGAGGUAAGCAAACUAACAAUACCAACCACCAUUGAUGUACAAGACAUAGACAAACAUGUAAAUAACCUAACGUCCCUACUCCAGACCAGCUUUGAACGGUCGUGUCCCCUGAC